AUGGCUGCAAAUACGAUCAAAAGAGGCGAGUUUCUUAGAGACGGUGUAAAUCACAAACCUUUAGUCUCUCCAAAAAAGACAUUCGAGCUCGGUUUCUUCAGUCCUGGAGACUCAACGCGUCGUUAUCUAGGGAUUUGGUACGGGAACAUCGAUGAUAAAGCUGUUGUAUGGGUCGCAAACAGAGCAAAUCCGAUUUCAGACAAAUCUGGAGUUCUUACAAUAAGCAACGACGGGAAUCUCGUAUUGUUAGACGGCAAGAACAUCACUGUCUGGUCUUCAGACAUCAUCAAAUCGAGCAUUAGCAACAACAACAGAGUCGUAGCUAUACACGAUACAGGGAACUUCGAGUUGUCUGAAGCCGAUACAAAGAGAGUUCUUUGGGAGAGUUUUAAUCACCCAACAGAUACUUUUUUGCCUCAGAUGAGAGUUCGUGUGAAUCCACAAACCGGAGAUAAUCUAGCUUUUGUCUCUUGGAGAUCUGAAACCGAUCCUUCUCCUGGUAAUUUUACAUUAGGUAUUGAUCCUACAGGAGCACCAGAGAUUGUGCUUUGGGAAAGAAACAAGACGAGGAAAUGGCGAAGCGGACAAUGGAAUUCCGCGGUUUUUACCGGGAUUCCGAAUAUGUCUCUGUUAACGAACUAUCUUUACGGUUUUAAGCUCUCUUCUCCUCCAGAUGAAACAGGUAGCGUGUACUUCACGUAUGUUCCUUCGGAUUCUUCGAUGUUGCUUAGGUUUAAGGUUCAUUAUAAUGGAACUGAAGAGGAAUUGAGGUGGAAUGAGAGUUUGAAGAAGUGGACUAAGUUUCAAUCUGAGCCAGAUAGUGAGUGUGAUAUGUAUAAUCGUUGUGGGAAAUUCGGUAUCUGUGAUAUGAAAGGAUCUAAUGGAAUCUGUAGCUGUGUUAAAGGUUAUGAGGUGGUUUCUGUAGGGAAUUGGAGUAGAGGUUGUAGACGAAGAACGCCUUUGAAGUGUGAGAGGAACAUUAGUGUUGGAGAAGAAGAUGAGUUCUUGACUCUUAAAUCUGUGAAGUUGCCUGAUUUCGAAACUCCUGAGCAUAAUCUUGUUGUUCCUGAGGAUUGCAAAGCUAGAUGUCUGAAGAAUUGUUCUUGUAGUGCUUAUACUUUUGUUGGUGGUAUUGGUUGUAUGAUUUGGAAUAAAGAUUUAGUCGAUUUACAGCAGUUUGAAGCUGGUGGAUCUUCGCUUCAUAUCCGUCUUGCUGGUUCCGAGAUAGGUGAGAAAAAGAAAUCCAAGAUCGCGGUGAUUGUCGCGGUUGUAGUAGGUGUGGUUUUGUUGGGGAUCUUUGCUCUGCUUCUAUGGAGAUUCAAGAGAAAGAAAGAUGUUUCAGGAACAUAUUGUUGUAAGAACAAUGAUACAUCGGUUGUUGUUGUUGAUGUGACCAAGGCCAAAGAAACCAGUACUCCGUUUUCAGGAUCAGUCGACAUAAUGAUCGAAGGAAAAGCGGUAAACACAUCCGAGUUACCUGUUUUCUGUCUGAAUGCUAUAGUGGCAGCUACUAAUGAUUUCUGCAAAGAGAAUGAGCUUGGGAGAGGCGGAUUCGGACCAGUCUACAAGGGUGUUCUUGAAGAUGGACAAGAGAUAGCUGUGAAGAGAUUGUCUGGUAAAUCUGGUCAAGGAGUUGAUGAAUUCAAGAAUGAAAUCAUUCUUAUAGCGAAGCUUCAACACAGGAAUCUUGUGAGAUUACUUGGAUGUUGCUUCGAAGGCGAAGAGAAAAUGCUUGUAUAUGAGUAUAUGCCUAACAAAAGUUUAGAUUUCUUCAUCUUCGAUGAAACGAAACAAGAUUUGGUAGAUUGGAAACUGCGGUUUGCGAUAAUUGAAGGGAUUGCGAGAGGACUACUUUAUCUUCAUAGAGAUUCAAGAUUGAGAAUUAUUCAUAGAGACUUGAAGGUUAGCAAUGUGUUGUUAGAUGCAGAGAUGAAUCCAAAGAUCUCAGAUUUUGGUAUGGCGAGAAUCUUUGGUGGUAACCAAAAUGAAGCUAACACGGUUCGCGUGGUUGGAACUUACGGAUACAUGUCUCCAGAAUACGCGAUGGAAGGACUUUUCUCGGUGAAAUCCGAUGUUUACAGCUUCGGUGUCUUGUUGCUAGAGAUCAUAAGUGGGAAAAGGAACACAAGUCUUCGAUCUUCUGAACAUGGAAGUCUCAUUGGUUAUGCUUGGUAUCUGUAUACUCAUGGGAGAUCAGAGGAGCUUGUGGAUCCAAAGAUAAGGAUAACGUGCAAUAAGCGCGAGGCUUUGAGAUGCAUACACGUGGCGAUGCUGUGUGUUCAAGAUUCAGCUGCAGAGAGACCGAACAUGGCUUCAGUUUUGUUGAUGUUAGAGAGUGAGACAGCGACAUUGGCAGUGCCAAGACAACCAACAUUUACUUCAACAAGAAGAAACUCCAUUGAUGUUAACUUUGUUCUUGAUUCGAGCCAACAAUAUCUUGUUUCUUCUAAUGAGAUUACUUCUACUGUUGUUCUUGGACGAUAA